UCCCACAGGACAUCACCUGCAGUGAUUUAAAAUUGGAAGGUGUGGGAGUGUCGAGGUACUGCAGAGAGUAAUCUUGCAGCAGCAGAGUGCAAAUAGGAAAUGGGUCAGUUGGAGUAAUAGCUUUCUUUCUUGUGGUUUGUGUGAGCUGAGCCAAGCCAAACAUAUGUGGAGCACUGGGUUAUCACAGUCACAAUUUUUUUUUCUGUGUAUUAGAAAUUGCAAUGAAAUUUGGUCAUCCAAGUGUAACUUUAUUAAUCCUCCCUCUGGUUGGACACUACUUUGAGCCCCAAAGUCAGCUGUCUUUGUCUAAUGUUCUAGGCUUUGUCGAGAUCAUUAAAAUAGACUGUGUUUGGAAAUGUAAUAGUGCGGUCUCACAUUCUCAGGAGGUCAGCAGAAACACGGCCUGAAGUAUCUCUGCUGAUACCACCUGCGGUUUGUUCUCGCCUCUGCAUUGUGCCAGGCGAUUUGUGCUGAAACAACUGGAUGUGUGACCACACUGAAGUGAGAAAAGGGGCUGACCCAGUUUAAAAAGAAAAAAAACAACCAAAACCAAGAAAACCCUCUAACAUGUAUUUCCCUGCUGUAUCAGUUCCACACAUGGGGGUCUUGGCAGCAGCAGAGGCACAGUGCAGGAAUGAAGGAUGGAAAGAGAACGUCUUACACUGGUGUUACUGCUGGGUUCUUUUUCAUGUGAAAACACAGUCUUAGUUACAGCUUUGGUUUAAACUUUGCACUCAGCUUUGAUGUACUUUAGCAGCUUGCAGAAAGGUGAUAGCGUGUGGUGACUGUGGUUUUGGUCCCUCCUGAUGGGCAGUGUGAGCAGGCAGUGUGAUAUCUCAGGCCUGUAAGCUGUUGGGAUGUGAUGUGAUGAGAUGGUGGCUCCUGAGGCGCAGGUUGGUAAUGAAGUCCAAGCUUGCUCCUGCUCCCAUUUGUCUCUGCUGAUCACAGCUGGCUGGUACAAGUGGCUCUUAAGUCCCACCAUUAAGUUGCCAUCGAAACAAAUGGGUUAGAAAGAAAACUCCAGAAGAAGGGGAUUCGCUUAUUUUUAAUUUGGAUCAGGUUUCAUUUUCCUUCACCAAUACUUCAAGGCACAGAGGAGCUGGUAAAGGCAUUGCCAUGAAACCUAAUUUGAAGCAAUGGAAACAACUCAUGCUUUUUGGUAUCUUUGCAUGGGGCCUGCUUUUCUUGGUGAUAUUCAUCUAUUUUACAGAUAGCAACACUGCUGAACCAGUUCCAAGUUCUUUUUCUUACAUUGAAACUAAGAGACUUCUGCCCCUUCAGGGCAAGCAGAGAGUAAUCAUGGGAGCCAUUCAUGACCCAUCAUUCUCUGAAACCAUUGAUGGGAAUGAGGUACUGCUUAAUGAAGAUCUCCUAGGUACUUUUAAAUCGGGGACUGGAAAUUCUAAGAAAUGGACUGUAUUGGAAGAGACCUUCAGAAAUGAAGAUGAGUUUUUUCCACCCCAGUUGGGAAGAAAAUCAAAAAGUGCUUUCUACCAAGUAAAUGAUGAUUAUUUAUUUGCUGCUGGUCAGCCUCAGUCACACAACCACCUUCAAGAGAUAGAAAAAUUCAUUUCGGCUGACAUGAAUAAUCCAAAAGGAAAUAUUUUACAGAACAACUGGAGCCAUCAGAGAAGAAUGAGGAGAAGGAGCAUAAAGCAUAGGAGAGGCCAGAUGCUUGAUGAAUCUGAUGACUGGGAUGGGCUGUAUUCCACAAUGUCGAAAUCCUUUCUUUACAAGCUUUGGAAAGGGGAUGUCUCUUCCAAGAUGCUAAACCCUCGACUGCAGAAGGCGAUGAAAGAUUAUUUGAGUACCAAUAAGCAUGGGGUGCGGUUCAAGGGGAAACGAAACUCCAAGCUGACAGGAGACCAGCUAUUCUGUGAGCUAAAAGAAAGAGUGAAUGUGAAAACAAUAGAUGGCAAGGAGGCUCCCUUCUCCACUCUUGGAUGGGAAAAGCACGUUCCCCAAAUUCCACUGGUCAAAUUAUAUACACAUGGCUUUGGGAGCUGUGCAGUAGUUAUGUCUGCUGGUGCAAUACUGAACUCCUCUCUAGGGGAUGAAAUAGAUUCUCAUGAUGCCGUUUUAAGAUUUAAUUCUGCUCCAACACGUGGCUAUGAAAAAGAUGUCGGCAAUAAAACAACCAUGCGGAUCAUUAAUUCUCAGAUUCUCACCAAUCCAAACCAUCACUUUGUCGACAGCUCCUUGUAUAAAGAUGUUAUCUUAGUAGCAUGGGAUCCUGCUCCCUACUCUGCAAAUCUGAAUGUGUGGUAUAAGAAGCCAGACUACAAUCUGUUCACUCCCUACGUACAGCAUCGCAGGAAGAAUCCAACCCAGCCAUUCUACAUCCUCCAUCCAAAGUUUAUAUGGCAGCUCUGGGACAUCAUUCAGGAGAACACUAAAGAGAAGAUACAGCCCAACCCUCCUUCUUCAGGGUUUAUUGGUAUCCUCAUCAUGAUGUCCAUGUGUAAUGAAGUGCACGUGUACGAGUACAUCCCUUCAGUGCGGCAGACCGACCUGUGUCACUACCAUGAACUCUACUACGAUGCAGCUUGCACCUUAGGGGCCUACCAUCCCCUGCUCUACGAGAAGCUCCUGGUGCAGAGGAUGAACAAAGGUUUGCAGGAUGAUCUGUAUCGGAAGGGGAAAGUCAUUUUGCCAGGGUUCAAAGCUGUCAAGUGCCCCAAACGAAAUAAUUUCCCACACUUGUAGAAGUAAGUCUUUCAGAAACAAUGUGCAAUAAGGUACUACUGUCGUACUAUAAACAAGAAGAGAAUACUUGAAAAAAUAUAUCUUAGACCAAUCUAGUCUUGAGUCUAUAAAUUGUAAUUAAGUAGCAGGCAUGAGAAGUACUUCUUUUCUGAGCCUGAGUAUUUAUUACUGCUUUGCAAAUAGUUACAGAAGAAAAGCAAAAGCUUAGUUCAUGAAGGUGCAAAGGACAUACUUAGGCAGAAAUAUAAUGUAUCAUUGUUGGUGUGACUGUCAGAAUUUGUCGGUGGUCUCAUGCCACAUAUGCUAGACUGUAAGUUUUUUUAAAUGAAUUUAUUUAAUUGUCAAACCUGGCAUUGUGAAACAGCCUCCAUUGUUCAUGUAUGUGUGGCCAGUUGAACAAUGCAGCAUUUCUCAUGGCUCCAUGGGAUUUUCACACUCUCCCAGAAUGAAGUAAUUGCUACUCCGAGCUGUGCAGUCAUUCACUAGAGCAGACUUCAAUGCCUGUUCCUACACAGACUGAGUUCCAGGCCUGCAGCUGAACAGGGGUUUAGGGUAGCCCUGAAGUGUGUGCAGAGAUGGCUGUACAUAGCUAAACCAGUUAAACUACUGCAUGUGGUUUUGGAUGCCAGUUUCCCAUGCUCACACUGACUGAAGAGGGAAGAGAGAAACCAUUUCUUUAGAGAAAAAAGAACAUAUUUGUAACCCAAUUAGGAAGAAAAACUGUCCCUGAAAGGAUUAUCAGGAAGGUAUGAGAUGGAAAUGGUGCCUCCCCCCAGUCUGCACAGAUACAAAAGAUCCAGAGAAAGCCAAGGGAGGCUGUGCAGCAUUCACCCAUUACACUGAAAAGCAAGCAUAGGGGCUCACCACUUGUCAACAAAGAUAACAUUCAGGAAUAGAGACAUUAUUUUUAGGUAUUUCAUUGGUAUCUGAAUCAAAGUCACUUGUUCACAAGUUCUUGCUGUUCAGAAAGGAGAAGUUGUCUGACAAAAGAAGAUGAUAUCAGCAUUUUUUACUUAAUGCUUGAAAGACUAUAACCCAGAAAAGCUGUAAUGCCUGCAAAAAAACCUGACAACAGAUUGCAUAUGGAGAUGGUUUGAUAUUUUCAUUCAUAACACACAAGGAUAAUAUUCUUUAAGGCAAUUCUAAAAGUUAAUGGUCUGGAGUGGUUUUCUCAGUUGUUUGGUUUGGUUUGGUUUUUUCCCAGCUGACUGUACAUUUUCUUUUAGAAUAAGUUCAGCAGGAAUAUUUGUACACAAAAGCACAGCUAUGUCCUACUCAUGUCCAACCAGUAAGAAAAGCAGACAGCUCAAAGGGGCAUUGAAAGGAAUAGCUGACUGGUUGUGGUGGAAAGUGUUUUUUGUGUUUUGACUUAAGCAAAAAGCUUUUUGCCAGAAAGGCAAAGAAAGGUAAACAACAUUAAUGACUAUUUCACCUUCAGUUGCAAGGAUAAUCACAAAAGCCUUUUCCUGUCACUCAGCUCUUUGGGAAGUAGUAUUGGACGGAUCUUUUGGAAGGAUUAUUUUCCUUCCUCAAAAUGAAGAAUAAAUAUCUUACAUAGGACUUAGUCUUCUUUUCGGGCUUUACGAUGAUCUUAAGAUUCUUCUUAUUGACAGAAAUUAUGUGUAGAUGAUCUAAUAACUGUACUUCUGUAUUGUAUGGAUAGUUAUGUCCAUAAGGCAUUUUGGUACAUAUCAAAAUUGUAAGUUUUACUCAUACUGGGCUUGGACUCUGGAUGUAUUACAUACCAAUUUCUUUUUUAAUGUUAUGUGUGGCGGCAACUUUUAUUCUUGAAGUUAAUAACAUUCUUAUUUAAAUGCAUGGAGGAUAGAUAGCCUACACAGAACUAAUCUAUUUUUCCAUAUGUUUGGUACCCUGUUUGCAAAACAUAAGCAGUCUGAACAGUGCAAUCAAAUAUGUCUCUCUCUUCUGUACCCUGGGUUAGCUAUGACAUAAAUGUAAAGGAAGAGAGUUUAGCUUUCUAAGACUAGUGAAUAUGCUACUUUUCAAUAAGCAGAAACUUCUAGAGUUCCAAAAAGAAAAAAAAAAUCGCUUUGACUGGCCUGCAACUGCUAACUUUUAAUUUCGAUUUUCACAAA